AUGAUUGAAAGUUUUGUUCGAAAGCAAGCAUAUCUAUCUAUCUAUCUAUCUAUCUAUCUAUUUAAUUCUCUUUAUAUCUUUCUGUUUCAUACUGUUUAUAUCUAUUUUUAUCUAUCUAAUCUUUUAACAAACGGCAGGUUGUUUAGCAAGACGGACCACCUGUUCGCCAUUCACGUGUCGUUAAAGAGACUUUGGAUAGAUAAUUAUCAAAUCGUGGCCUCAGAAAAGCGGGGCCUAUCAUUAACUACGUACUGCAUUCUGUUCAUAUCUAUCUAUCUAUCUAUCUAUCUAUCUAUCUAUCUAUCUAUCUAUCUAUCUAUCUAUCUAUCUAUCUAUCUAUCUAAAGGAUUCUGUUCAUAUCUAUCUAUCUAUGAUUCUGUUCAUAUCUAUCUAUCUUCUAUAUCUAUCUAUCUAUCUAUCUAUCUAUCUAUCUAUCUAUCUAUCUAUCUAUCUGAUUCAGUUCAUAUCUAUCUAUCUAUCUAUCUAUCUAUCUAUCUAUCUAUCUAUCUAUCUAUCUAUCUAAAGGAUUCUGUUUAUAUCUAUCUAUCGGAUUCAGUUCAUAUCUAUCUAUCUAUCUAUCUAUCUAUCUAUCUAUCUAUCUAUCUAUCUAGUGAAGAAUCAAUGUGCAUGUAA